AGAGAUGUGUUUAUGAGUGUGUGUGUGAUAAAAGGAGGGGACAGGGAGAGACAACUCAAAGUUGCGACUACUGCAGACGCGGGUUAUUUCACUGACCAAUGAUUGGCUCGUGUCCACAUUGAGACAUGUAAAUAAUGCGAUUACGUCCCCUGGCAGUGUUCUGUGUUCAGCUAUUUCCACUUUUGCUUUAUUGAAAGACGAGUUCAUGUGUCAGGCAUUCUUUGGAAUUCUUCAUUGGAUUUUAUACAAUACAUUCUUUUUUAUUUUUUUUUAAAAGGUUUGGUCAGAUCAAGGAUAUGUUUUCUUAAACCACUGCAGAGGAUAGCAACAUCUUUGUACGUAGUACUCUGAAUGUUUUGCUCAGGCGAAUGGACUCAGAAAUGAAAUGUGUUUACUGAAUACCGCUGCAAGGUUGUUGUGAGUUCUCCAAGUGCUAUUGUGAACUUUUACAUGCACAGCAUUCCUGACAGGUUGUCUGCAUAAGCUUACAAUGGUGCGUAAGUCAUAUGAAAACUCUGAUCCUGGCAUUAUGAGCUUGUAUGCAGAUUUAUUUUAAUAAAUGAAGAACUUAAUAAACUGGGUCGCUGACCAGGACGUAUGUCCACUUAGAAGACCUUUCAAGUUCGCCUAUUUCAGAUAUACACUUUAUUUUAUAAUAGUAUGGCUGGUGACAUCUCUAUCUAUAUUCGCUGGCAGGCAAACCUCUUUCAUCUACAAGGCUUGGAGAGUGGACAUUCCCGCACGCCAAGCGUGCAUCCACCCACGUCUGCUUCUGGACGAUCCGGUCAUGCUGAAAGCGUUGAAGAGAUACCCGCCGACAGUCUGCAAGGGAGAAGAGAACUGGGUCUACGUUGUGAAUGGGACUUUGUAUUUUAGCCAGGCUGCCUUAAGGAGACACGUGAACUAUUCCUGCACCUAUGAACCGUUAUUGCGGGAAGGCGAUUAUAAUACCACGUGGGGCGAAGCCAUUAAUAUCACUAGCGGAUUUCCAAUCACAUCGGAUUUCUUCAGAGUUAACUGUACCAGCUAUACCCAAAAAAUGUAUAAAGGUCUACACGCUGGGGUGACGUACAUGCCGGAGAGAGGCAUGAAGGAGACGCCUCCGUUAGAGGAAGGGUUUGGAGGCCUCAGUGUCGCCAUCUUAGGAUUUGAUUCCAUGUCUCGAAUGUCGUGGCUGCGUCGUCUGAACGAGACCAGGCAGUACUUCCAUGACAAGCUUGGCGCCAUUGAAUUAGAGGGACACAAUAUUGUGGGUGAUGGAACUACUGCAGUCAUGUUCCCCAUGUUGACUGGAAAGUUUGAAUGGGAACUUCCAGAAGCGAGAUUACAUUAUCCCAAUGCGAGUCAGCUUGACAAUUUCCCAUUUCUUUGGCACGACUUCAGAAAAGCUGGUUACCUGACAUCCUGGAGUAAUGCUAAUCCAAAAUCAGCGCCCUUCAAUUGGCGAAUGUUGGGGUUCGAUCAGCAGCCUACAGACUUCUACACAAGGCCAUUUUAUCAGGCAUUUGAAGAGAUGGUGCCUCAGAAGAAAAGGGAUUGCUUUGGUUCUGUGCCUUUCAGUUCGACCUGGCUGAACUACUUCCGGGAUAUAUUUUACAUGUACAAACAUCAGAGGAAAUUUUUGUUUCAUUUUCUGGUGGAGAUGACACACGAUGAUAACAACCUCAUCACAAAGAUGGACACAGAAAUAAAGACCCUAGUCCAGACUCUGUACGAAGGUGGCUAUCUCGACAAUACACUUCUAAUCCUGAUGGGUGACCAUGGGGCUAGGUACAACUCAGUGAGAUCUACAUUUGCCGGGAAGUUAGAAGAACGUCUGCCGUAUUUCUCUUUCUUAUUUCCUAAGUGGUUUGAAGAGAAGUAUCCAGAGGCCAUUCAGAAUCUACGGGACAACACAAAGAAACUGACCACUCCUUUUGACAUUCACGAAACGUUGAAAGAUUUCUUAAAGUUUGGAGGAACCGGAGAAGCUCGAGUAACAGAUCGUGGGAUCAGUCUUUUCAAACAGAUUCCUCCCGAGAGAUCGUGUGGCCAUGCCAAAAUCGCUCCUCACUGGUGCGCAUGCCUGGAGUGGAAAAACAUUUCAAUGCAGGAUCCUGGGGCUCAAGACGCCCUCCAGUUUACUCUGGACACCAUCAAUAAUUACACCGCUGACUACAGGGAAGAUUGUGCUCUUCUAUCUGUAGAGAAAGUAACGGAUGCUACCAAACUAGAGACAAGACGCGAGGUUUUAAAAUUUAAACAAACUGACAGCGAAGGGGGCAUCUAUAAAAUAGACUUCAAUGAUACAAGCAAGAAUGAGAUCGCUUUGUAUCAGCUGACCUUUCACACUACACCGGGUCACGGUCAUUUUGAGGUGACUGUUACGCACGAGGUGAUUAGAAACGUGUACCGGGUCAGUGAGAAAGAGAUAAGUCGAAUCAACCAAUACGGCAACGACCCGGCCUGUAUCUUAAACAAAAACAGACAAAUACGGCAAUACUGUUACUGUUUAAGUAAUUUGAAAUCCUAGCACCUAUCACGUCACUUUAACCAUUAUGUAACUUUGAACUAUCAAGUGACUUUGAACUAUCACGUGACUUUGAACUAUCAUGUGACUUUGAACUAUCACGUGAUCUUGCUUCACAAGUUUCACACUAUUAAAAGCACUACCAAGUGGUCCGACUGAAGUAAAAGGUUUGCUCACCUCAAAGAAUUAUUAUUAUUACUAUUAUGCUAGAAACGAACGAAUAUUCAUUCUCUUGCACUGCCAGGGUCAAGUUUCGCUAAAGAGAAACAAAAUUCAUUGUAGUUCCUUUUAUCAGUGUCCACUGCGGAAUUUUCUGGUGAAGUGGCAGGUCUGCAGCAGUAGCGCCCAGGCAACGAGAAUCUUCUUGGGAAUGUUUAUUAAGGGCCUUGAAUGUAUCUGUGAAUUCAGUUGUCAUUAUCCUCUAUGUUGAUAUAACAAUGGGGUAUAUUGUUAUUUUAGAAAACUUCCAUAAAAGCCUAGGUUCCUAUAUUUUCAAUGUUUUUUUUAUUACAGUUUUUUUUUUUUCAAUUAUGAGCCAGUAGUACGGCGAUGUCAAUAAUGGUAGAGGUUGUUUUUUUUUAUCAAUAAACAGCAGAUGAGGGCGAUUAAAAUUUACCAUUUAGUCGGUCAAAGUAUGGCCUGUCCAGCAGAUGAUCAUUAGACUCGAGAACCUCUUGAGGCAAGUAUUUGUAAUAAGGAGUUUCCGUUUGAUCAAAUUAUAAGUCAAAGCCAAAUGUUGGUGUAUUAAUUUUGCAACUUGGUUAUUGCAAUCUAGGUAGGCCGAUUCUGACAAGGCUGAACAUUCUGCCAUUUUGUGUUCAAUUGACUCACCCACAUUUCCACAUUUUUGACAUUUGUCAACAACAUGAGUUUAAGGGUAUGCUUGUCGUAUUUUUUUUUUUGGUCCUAAUUAUUAUUAUAUUUGAACUUUUUUUGACAACCUAAAAAUUUGGAUCAUUAGAAAAGGCUGUUGAUUGAUAUAUCUGGUCAGAAUGAUGGACAUAGGAUGUGAUAUAGGUUACUGAUAGUUUGAACACGCUGAUUGUGGAGUAAAAUAUCCUCUGUUCAGUUUAAAUGAAUGAUGUCAAAUUAUUCGAGUCUUAACAUUAAAAGACGUGACAAUAAUGACUGAAGCUUUUCAAUGUGGAAAUUCAAAUGUCCAUUCCAUGCGAUAUGAUGACUAGUGCAAUGUGUACAACUUCAAAUUAAUGUACUAUUUAUUGAUUUCAUUUCUGUUUUAACGAGACUACGAGAUCAUAAGAAAUACUAUAAGAGUGGAUAUUAUAGUGAUCUAAUGAAUAAUAAGUAUUCCACCAGAGAUGAGGUAUAUAAAUAUGUUGGCCUAUCUAAACUAUUUAAUGUCAUGAGAUUGAUAUACCAAAUAUGUUUAUGAUUAAAUUUAUGUUAGAAGUUUCUGUUAUACUUUUACUACAUGAAGAUUUUCUUUUAUAGUGAAAAUUGAAAAUGUUUCCAUAUUGUCUCUUCAUUUCAGCAUUUUAAAGAAGUAUUCAUUUUUUUUGUUUAGAUCAAUUUUUGCCUUAAUGAGAGAGAGAGAGAGAGAGAGAGGUGUAUUCAGACACUGGUGGCAAUGAUAAUGUUAGAUAGCUAGUCUUAAUUAUUUUCAUGUAGUUUAUGGUGCGCUGGGAGAAAGGGAAUUGUUGAAUAUUUAAUGAAAUACAAAUACAGUACACCAAGUGAACUAUAUAGUUGGAAUAGUGUUACAGCAUUACAGGGUGAACAGACUGAUCGACCUUGUUAUCUCAAUUUCACAUCUGAUGUUUACAUAUUGUCUAUUCAAUUCAGCAUUUUAGACAAGUAGUCAUUUUUUUGGUUUAGAUCAAUUUUUUUGCCUUAAUGAGAGAGAGGGAGAGAGAGAGAAAGAGAGAGAGAGAGAUGUAUUCAGACACUAGUGGCAAUAAGUAUUGAGGUAAAGGCUAAUUGCCCAUCAACAUACACAAGGAAAAAAAGAAAAAUGAAAUAAGAUGGUUCAGAAGAAUCUAGCUAUAAUCAAUAAUUAAGAGUCAGCAACACUGUAGAAUGUCUAUUUAUAAUAACAUAAAAAAAAAAGAUUCGCUUAGACAUGUAGUAAGAAUCAUAAGAUACCGGUACCCAGGAUAAUGGGCUAGUGGACGGCCAGGGAAAACAUGGAUAUACAAAGUGAAGCUGACGGAGCAGAAAAAGAAUGUGCAGCACUUUACAGAGCCUCACAACAGCAACAGCCUUUGGGUUUUUAUUUCUUUACCACAGCAGCAUUAUCCUGUGGGUUUUAUCUCUUUACCACAACAGAAAAAGCCUGUGGGUUUUAUCUCUCUAUCACAACAGAAACAGCAUGUGGGUUUUAUCUCUCUAUCACAACAGAAACAGCCUGUGGGUUUUAUCUCUUUACCACAACAGAAACAGCCUGUGGGUUUUAUCUCUUUACCACAACAUCAACAGCCUGUGGGUUUUUAUCUCUUUAUCACAACAGAAACAGCCUGUCUGUUUUAUUCCUUUAACCCUUCCCACAGUAGAAGUAAAACAUUCAAUUAAAUUAUCAUUAGAAUUCAAGGGUUUUAGUUGGUUGUGUUGUUAAGAGCUUGACGACCAACUAAAUCAAUACAUAAUUCAAAAAAACAAAUGAAAGAGAAUUGAACAGUAGUUCAUUUGGUUUUAUUUGUCUCAAAGCGUAUGACUCCAAUACCGUCCUUUUAAACGGGUAUCUCAAAAAAUGGUUAGGAAUUUCUAUUGGAGUCUCAAUGUGUAUUACAGGUUUACUUCCCUUUAAAAUGUUUGUACUGAAGAUUUUUUGUCAUUGUAAAUGUAUUUCUGUUUUUAUCAUGUUGUAUGUAUUUUAAAUGAUGGAAGAUUUAUAUUAUAAUUGUUGCGUUUUGUGAGAAGACUCGUGCCUUGAUUGAGUUUUACAUUAAUAUUGAGCGUUUUAAAAAAUAGAUUUUAUAUAACGCAACUGUCAUGCUUAUAGCAUGCUCAGAGCGCUAUGGUCCUAUGACUCAUCUCAUCUGUGGACCAGUGGGGGGGGGGGGUAUCUGCGGGAAUGUUUUCCUUGCUUUUAGGCGCUCAGUAAACACAACUCUUUUCGAUUUGGGUGUCGAUCCUUGAGCCCCCCUUGAUAGGUAGCCAAUCUAAGCCUAAAUGUAAUUAGCCUUUUAACUGCACAUCCCACCUGAUACACUUUUUAAUGUAUAAUACAUCUUUUAGGACAAAAUACUUUUAAAGAUAUACCAGAGGUAUUUAUAACGACAGUUUGGCUAAUAUAAAGGCUUUCAAUAACAAUUAAAAAGAGAUGGGCUCUAAAUUGGUA